CAGCAAUGGGUCACUUGCAGUGCUUCGGGUGCAGAGAUCACUAUGACUGUUUGCAUCGAAUGCACAACAUCACUUGCAACCCGACAUUCUACAUGCCAGGUUGCGCAACAUUCUUCACUGACGCGACAAGAAAGUUCGUCUCAAGCAAACAGUGUGUCAGAGGGAUUGACGUGGAACAUUGCGGACGUCACCCUGGGAACCGACAAUGGGGCUGUUAUUGCCUAGGAAGAUUUUGCAAUUCUGCAUCCAAGCAGAAACCUUUUGGCCUGAAACCAUUCCUGAUUGUCGCUACGAUAACGUGGGGACGAUUCUCGUGAAUCAUAUGCUAAUUUGAGAUUGCGCAAAUAUAUAAUUAUAACCAUUU